GGACGUGCGAAAAGCGACGGCGCCGCACGGUGCGGCGCAGCUCCGGCUCGCCUUUCCCCCUUGCUGGGCGAGAGGUGUCUAUGGGGCGCCCGCUGCCGCCGCCGCUACGGCCACCGUCACCGCCGCCGGGUGCUGUCUCUAUGGCGAGGAGGAGGAGGAGAAGCGCGAGCUCAGCGACACAAGUACAUAAAUAAAGAAAACAGUAUUUUAUGAAACAAAUCUUCAAUCAAGUAUAACAUUUUGAUGCUUGGCAUCUAGACUCCUUUGUGCCCUCAGUAUGCCAGCAGCAACUGUAGAUCAUAGCCAAAGAAUUUGUGAAGUUGGGGCUUGCAACUUGGAUGAAGAGAUGAAGAAAAUUCGUCAAGUUAUCCGAAAAUAUAAUUACGUUGCUAUGGACACCGAAUUUCCAGGUGUGGUUGCAAGACCCAUUGGAGAAUUCAGGAGCAAUGCUGACUAUCAAUACCAACUACUGCGGUGUAAUGUAGACUUGUUAAAGAUAAUUCAGCUAGGACUGACAUUUAUGAAUGAGCAAGGAGAAUGCCCUCCAGGAACUUCAACAUGGCAGUUUAAUUUUAAAUUUAAUUUGACGGAGGACAUGUAUGCCCAGGACUCUAUAGAGCUACUAACAACAUCUGGUAUUCAGUUUAAAAAACAUGAGGAAGAAGGAAUUGAGACCCAGUACUUCGCAGAACUUCUUAUGACUUCAGGAGUGGUCCUCUGUGAAGGGGUCAAAUGGUUGUCAUUUCACAGCGGUUACGACUUUGGCUAUUUAAUCAAAAUCCUGACCAACUCUAACUUGCCUGAAGAAGAACUUGACUUCUUUGAGAUCCUUAGAUUGUUUUUUCCUGUCAUUUAUGAUGUGAAGUACCUCAUGAAGAGCUGCAAAAAUCUCAAAGGUGGAUUUCAGGAGGUGGCAGAACAGUUAGAGCUGGAACGGAUAGGACCACAACAUCAGGCAGGAUCUGAUGCAUUGCUCACAGGAAUGGCGUUUUUCAAAAUGAGAGAAAUGUCCUUUGAAGAUCAUAUUGAUGAUGCCAAAUAUUGUGGUCAUUUGUAUGGCCUUGGUUCUGGUUCAUCCUAUGUACAGAAUGGCACAGGGAAUGCAUAUGAAGAGGAAGCCAACAAGCAGUCAUGACAUGAAAUAGUCCUUUUAUUUUUAUUUCGAGCUACACACAUGCUUGUAUAUAGGUUUUAUCUCUGGUUGAAUCCCUUGAACAAGAGACAGUACCUUUCCCCUGCCCCUUUCAUGGCCCAUUUUAUUGUCUACCUUUCAGUACUAAGUAUGACCGUUCCUAUCUCAGAUCUUAAUAAAAAAAA